AUGUUCCAGGUCUAUGUUGGUGACUUGGAAGGUGUUCCUAGUGGAUCAAAAACUAAAAAAGCGGAUAAUAUCUAUAGCGUUAUAUCAAAGAUGCCAACAACUAGAAUCGAUCUGGGAAAGGUAGGCAAAUACGAGUUGAGUAUUUCAUUUUGUGAGAAUUUUAUCUGA